AUGAAGACUGAAGGUUAUAGUAAUUCAGUUACCGAGACUGAAGCUCUCGAAUAUAAGGAAGGAGAUGAACGUUUUACGGUAAGCGCUGCUACAGACUUCCUUAGUAAGGCUGAUGAAGAAAGAAUAAGUGCUUCAGGCAUUUAUCCUCAGAAACGGAUUUUCAGGGCGGUGCAUUCUAAGAAAAUCCCGCCUGUACCAGAUCCUUGUGAGAGGAAGGUAUAUCCAAUGCGUCGUGCAAACCCGCUCUCUCGGUUGUUUUUCUUCUGGUUAAUGCCCCUAUUGAAGGUUGGCUACAGAAGGACAUUGCAACCCAAUGAUUUGUGGGCAAUUGACCCCAAGAUGUCAGUAGAGUCCAAUUACCGGAUUUUUGACAAGCAUUUAUCGAAAUAUGUCGAUGAAGCGCGUAAUAAAUAUGCAAAAGAACACCCUGACGCAUCUUGGGAUGAGGUAGUAGCGAAUGCAAAAUUGAAGGAUAAAGUUUUAAUUAAAGCCCUAUUUUGGACUUUCAAAUGGCAGUAUAGCCGUUCUAUUUUUUACUGUGUUUUGGGUAGUAUGUUAGGGACAAUUCAGCCGCUACUUAUGAAGCGUAUUAUAGAGGCGAUCAACCCAGCUAACAAUAGCAUUGGGCCCGGGAUAGGUUACGUUUUUGCAUCGUCCAUUGUUUUAUUUACUUGUGGUGUGUUAUUUAACCACUUUCUACAUUUGUCUACGAUUUCCGGUACGCAGGCAGUAGCUGUUUUAACGAAAGCGGUUAUAUCAAAAACCUUAAGAUUGUCAGGAGCUGCUAGACAUAAAUGGUCUAGUGGAAAAAUAAUGUCAAUGCUUAGUACCGAUAGUUCACGGCUUGAAUUUGGACUUGCAUUCCAGCCGUUUUUAUUCACUUUUUUCCCUAGUUUAAUAAUAACCGUGAUCUAUCUGUUAUUGACUGUGGGACCGGUAGCUCUUGUUGGUAUUGGAGUAUUUUUGGUAAUUGUAGUUUCCUUUGUUGCAGUGUUUCAUAUCAUGCUGAAAUUAAGAGUUGCCGCUAAUACACAGACGGAUGCGCGUGUUACAAUUGUGAAGGAUAUUCUUAACAACAUGCGUGUGUUAAAGUUCUACGCAUGGGAAGACGCUUACGAGGAAAGUGUAAAAGAUAAGAGAGAAAACGAGAUAAAAUACGUUAAGCGGAUGCAGUACUUGAGAAAUUUUCUGGAUGCUGCAACAAUUGCGGUACCAAGUUUUUCUGCCAUGACAAUCUUCUUGGUCAUGUAUAGAGUAGCCAAUGAUAGAAGAACAGCUGCGAAUAUGUUUUCGACUUUAGGUGCUUUCAAUGCAUUAAGUUUACAGCUAUUUUUUUUGCCAAUUGCGCUUAACACGGCAGCAGACUGUCUUGAAUCUACAAGGCGUAUCCAAGCCUUCCUGGAAGCUGAGGAGGUACCGGAAGGGAGUGCCGAAGAUGAUGUACAACUGCCUAGUGAAAAACAUCCAUCCUCUUCAAGUGCUUUGACGCUUGUUGCUGCUUCAUUUGAAUGGCCAAAAUAUGAAGAUGAACAGGAUAACUCAUCUGAAAGUAGUAAUUCCGUUAUGAAAAAGUCAGAGAUUACUUAUUCAACAGAAAGUUUAGUAGAUCUUUCUAAAAGUGGAUUCCGUGGCUUUCAUGAUCUUAAUUUGGAAAUAAAGAAGGGUGAGCUAGUCUUCGUGGCUGGUGCUAUUGGGGCAGGUAAGACCUCAUUGUUGAAUGCUCUAGCAGGGUUAAUGACAAAAACAGCAGGAUCACUUAAUGUGAACGGUAAUGUCCUAUUCUGUGGCUACCCAUGGGUUCAAAAUGCAACUGUCCGUGAAAAUGUUACUUUCGGCUCACCCUUUGACGAAGAACGGUAUAAAGAAGUAAUCAGAGCUUGUUCUUUGCGGAGCGAUCUGGAUACUUUUCCGGGAGGAGAUUAUACUGAAAUUGGUGAGAGAGGAAUAACAUUAUCUGGUGGUCAAAAGGCCCGUAUUAAUUUGGCAAGAUGUGUCUACAAGGAAAGCGACAUAUAUUUAUUUGAUGACAUUUUCAGCGCGGUAGACUCACGCGUUGGUUCUCAUAUCAUGGAAGAAUGUAUCAUAAAAAGACUUCACAAUAAGACUAGGAUCAUAGCGACGCAUCAAAUACAUUUAGCAAAGGACGCGUCUAAGAUAAUAUUUCUUGACAACGAUGGCUCGGUUGAAGUUGGUACUAUAGAUGAGCUAAGAGCUUCUAACUCAAAUUUUGCCAAAUUGUUAGAACUAUCUUCGGUUACCAAACAUGAUGAAAGUGAGCCCAAAGAAAAAUGGCAACCUUUCAAUUUAGAGGACGCGAAGGCAAAUACCAGUAGCAAACUAAUAAAAAUGAAGUCAGCAGUCUCGGCUACUGACAGUUUAUCAAUGUUUGAUGUUCACGACGAUUUCGAAGCCAGGGGACGUUUAAUUGAAGCGGAGGCUCGAGGAACGAACGGCAUUCCAUUCAGCGUUUAUAAAAAGUACCUAUUAGCUGGUACAAACGGCAAAGAGUUUUUUAUGAUACCAUUGUUACUGAUACUAAUUGUUGUUACUACUUUCUUUUCCUUAUUCUAUUCCGUGUGGUUAUCAUACUGGUCCGAUUACAGGUUUAGUGGACGUUCGGAUGCUUUUUACAUGGGAUUAUACUUCUGCUUUGUGAUGUUAAACUUUAUCGUAUCAAAUUGUGAAUUUACUAUGAUCUGUUACAUGGGACUGAAUGCAGCUAAAAAUCUGAAUCUAAAAGCUUUUCACAGAGUUCUACACACCCCUGCUAGUUUUAUAGAUACAACUCCUAUUGGGCGUAUCCUAAAUCGUUUCACAAAGGAUACCGAGACCUUGGAUAACGAAAGCACAAUUUUCUUACGUCUAGUCAUUUACCAGUUAACAAGGAUUCUAGGUGUUGUGGUCUUAUGUAUAGUUUACAUGCCAUGGUUUGCCAUAGCCGUCCCGUUCCUUGCAUUAGCCUAUGUGUUCAUAGCAGAUCACUUCCAGUGCUCUGCCCGAGAAGUUAAGAGGCUAGAAGCUACCGAGCGAUCACUAGUGUACAACAGUCUGAAUGAAGUCUUAGGUGGUGUGGACACGAUCAAGGCAUAUCAUGCAGAGGAGCGCUUCCUAAAAAAAACGGACUACUUUUACAAUAAGAUGUGUGAAGCCAGUUUUCCAUUAGUGGCUUUGCAACGUUGGGUCGCAAUAUCUAUCGAUUUCGUUGCAACUUUAUUUGCAUUUAUUAUUGUCCUCCCCUGUAUUACGCGCGCCGUUAAUGUCUCUCCCGCGUCAGUAGGAGUGCUAUUAGUUUACGUGUUAGGCUUACCUUCAGACUUUAACACUUUGUUACGUACGAUGACGCAGUUAGAGCUUAACAUGAACAGCGCGGAACGUAUCAUCGAAUAUGCAACAGAUAUUCCUCAGGAAGCUCCUUAUCGUAUCCCUGAACUGCAGCCACCCGACUCCUGGCCUGAAUCAGCGGACAUUAACUUCUCAGAUGUCUCGUUUGCGUAUAGGCCCGGUUUGCCCCUUGUACUACAUGACUUUUCGAUCCAAAUUAGAAGCGGGGAGAAGAUUGGCAUUUGCGGUCGUACCGGGGCAGGGAAGUCUUCAAUACUUUCCGCCCUAUAUCGAUUAGUCGAAUUGUACAAAGGAACCAUCACGAUAGGUGGCAUUGAUAUUAGUAAGAUCGGCUUAUACGACUUACGUAGCCGGCUUUCAAUCAUCCCGCAGGACCCUGUACUGUUCCGCGGAACUAUCCGGAAAAAUCUUGAUCCGUUUUCCGUCCACACUGACAAAGAACUAUGGGAUGCCCUGAUCCGUUCGGGCGCAGUGGACGAAGCAGAUGCACAAGAUACAAGCCCAGAUGCUCUAAGGCACAACAAGUUCCAUCUUGAUCAGCCAGUCUCCGAGGACGGUGGUAACUUCUCUGUCGGGGAGCGUCAAUACAUUGCUCUCGCGCGCACUUUAGUUAGACGCUCAAAAAUCCUUAUUCUCGACGAGGCCACAUCGUCCGUAGAUUUUCAGACCGACGCUAAAAUCCAGGCACUUUUGGUCUCACAAUUCGCAGAUUCCACGGUGCUCUGUAUUGCCCACAGGCUCAAAACCAUCCUUUUCUAUGACCGAAUUUUAGUGUUGGAUCAGGGCCGGGUAGCGGGUCUUGACACGCCGAUUAACCUAUACAACGAAAAUUCCAUCUUCCACGAAAUGUGCGAGCGCUCGGGCAUUAAUGCCGAUGAUAUAAUCAACGCAGCCGCCUAA